AAACGCUCGUUAAGAGUACGCGUUCGCAGAUAGCGCCCAAGCCUCGGGAAAAUUCGUCAUGCUUCGAAACAUCGUUCUUCCGAUACUGCUUAUCGUCCUGGUCGCUGCUGCCGCGAAAAAGCACACCACCCCGAAGCCGCCGAAAGAGUGUCCCAAGGACGAGGUUUGGUCCUGGUGCGGAAAGGUCUGCGAGCCUGAUUGCGGAGUUCUGCAACCCGGUUGGACGAUCUGCCCGGACUUCAACUGCACGGAUACGACGGGCGACUGCAGGUGCAAGCCGGGUUUCGUUCGGGACGAGAAUAAAGUGUGCAUCGAUAUCAUCGACUGCAAGAAUCGGCAGUAGAAAGAAUUCCGAUCGGUUCGAUUUUGUACAACGUGGAUUAUCGCAAGGAACGGACAUACGAAAGUUCAUCUCGGACUGUUUAAAUCAUUGGUGACAGAAGGAUAACGAGUCGUGACGGGGGUCAUUGGCGCCGCGUUACAGCGGCGUACGAAACCUUUCCGCGACGUGUUUGCGCAGCUUUUGCAUUAAUCAGCCAGCAAUAUUUGCACGAAGAAGCGGGUAUAAAAGCGUGUCGGUGGAGCGGCCUCUCAUGCAUCUCCGCGGAGUCAAUAAUAACGACAGGAUCGAAUGAUUUACGAUGGCUCGCUGCGCCGUUGGUAUCGUGCUUCUUGCCAUGCUGCUGCUCGCUGCCCUGGCAGAGGUAGAAGCUUCAUCGAUCAGGGAAAGGUGUCCUCAGAACGAAAUGUGGACGUGGUGCGGGAAGAGAUGCGAGCCGACCUGCAAGGUUCCGGUACCGACAGAGAAAACUUGUCCCGAAAUGGAAUGCAACCCGCUGAAGUCGGACUGCAGAUGCAAGGAGGGCUACGUAAGGAACGAGCAGAACAUCUGCGUUCACGUGGAGAAGUGUAAAAAGUAGAAUUAAGAACUCCGGCGACAGUAGAAUUAAAAAUUCUCGCUGUUCGAGAAAUGCGAUCUCAGACGUCGCGGGUCGAGAACGCGAGAAAUAUAAACGUUGAUUUAUAUUAA